AUGUCGGCUAGCAUCGAAAAGCAACUCGAGUCGUCCGUCGCUGCUACUGCAGCCGAUGCCGACGACGCGCCUACCGGCUUCCUGGGCCGUCUCAAAAUGUCGUUCAAGGGCAUCACCAAAUCCGGUCGUCGAGAGGCACAGGCAAAGGCGCUCGCUGCCGAGCGUGAGCGUCAGCGCAACGUUGACCCUCGUCCCUUCCCUUUCCGCCCCAUCGAGCUCGCCGAUCUGCUCGACCCCAAGAGCGUAGACAAGCUCCGCGAUAUGGGCGGUAUCCAGGGCGUCCUUGCCGCUCUUGGCACUGACGAGCACCGCGGUCUCGACCUCGGCGGCACCAAAACCAUCGAGGCUGGUGCUGACACCACCCACGACAUUGAGAGCGCUCCCUCUGCCACCCACGCCCUCAACACGCGCGAUCCCAACUUUAUCGAGGCUUCCGAGGAGGACCGCGUCCGCGUCUUUGGCAAAAACCUCCUCCCCGAACGCAAGUCCAACAGCCUCCUCCUCCUCAUGUGGCUUGCUCUCCAAGAUAAGAUCCUUAUCUUGCUCUGUGCCGCCGCCGUCGUCUCUCUGGCUCUUGGUAUCUACACCAGCACGCUCCCUCCCGAGGAGGUCGCCUGUGUUGUCAAUGGCGUCGAAACUCUCUGCGAAUCCAUUCACAUUGAUUGGGUCGAGGGUCUCGCCAUUCUUAUCGCUGUCAUCAUUGUCGAUCUCGUCGGUUCCGUCAACGACUACCAGAAGGAGCGCCAGUUCAAGAAGCUCAACGCCAAAAAGGAACAGCGUGACGUCAAGGUCCUGCGUCAAGGAAAGCCCGCACUCAUGUCGGUCUACGAUGUUGUUGUUGGUGACAUUCUCCAGCUCGAGCCUGGUGAGAUUGUCCCCUGCGACGGUAUCUUCCUCCGCGGUCACAACGUCAAGUGUGAUGAGUCGGGCGCCACCGGUGAGUCUGACAUGAUCCGCAAGGUUACCUACGACGAAUGCAUUGCCGACUUUGAAGAGGCUCGUCGCAACAACGAGAAGCCCAAGAACCGCGACUGCUUUCUCAUCUCUGGUUCCAAGGUGCUCGAAGGUGUCGGCGAGUACGUCGUCAUCGCCGUCGGUCCCACCAGCUUCAACGGCAAGCUCAUGCUAUCGCUCCGCAGCGAUGCCGAAGACACGCCUCUGCAGUCCAAGCUCAACCGUCUGGCCGAUUUGAUCGCCUGGCUCGGCACUACCGCCGGUAUCGUCCUUUUCACUGCCCUCAUGAUUCGCUUCUUUGUCCACCUUGCCCGCACCCCCGGUCGCUCGUCGAACGAAUGGGGCCAGGAUUUCAUCGACAUUCUCAUCAUCGCCGUCACCGUAGUGGUUGUCGCCGUACCCGAAGGUCUGCCUCUCGCCGUCACGCUCGCGCUCGCUUUCGCCACCAAGCGCAUGACCAACAUGAACUUGCUAGUCCGUCUGCUUGGCGCUUGUGAGACCAUGGCCAACGCCAGUGUCGUCUGCACCGACAAGACUGGUACCUUGACUCAGAACGAGAUGAGCGUCGUUGCCGGUAGCAUCGGUGUCAACUUUAAGUUUGCCGACCGUCUCGAGGCUAAUCGCAAGCGUGUCGAGACUGAACACGAUGCUGGCUCUACAUCCCAGACUCGCAUCGUUGAACAGGGCGAGCUCAACCAGUCGAUCAGCAUUCCCCUCCAGAGACUUCUCAACGACAGCAUUGCCAUCAACUCGACCGCCUUUGAAGAGGCCGAGGCCGACGGCGCUGCUAACGAAGAGGUUACCAACCCGGUCGUUGCCGUUAAAAAGCACGGUCUUUCGAGCCUGUUCAAGUGGACAGCGAGCAACAAGUCUGCUACCGACGACAAGAAGAAGGAAAACGGCUUUGUUGGUUCUAAGACCGAGACCGCUCUGCUCAAGAUGGCCAAGGAGCUCAACUGGGAAGACUACCGCGCAUCACGAGAACGAGCCGAAGUCGUGCAGAUGAUCCCCUUCAGCUCCGAACGCAAAGCCAUGGGUGUCGUCGUCAAGCGUCCCGAGGGUGGUUUCCGCAUCUACCUCAAAGGUGCCAGUGAAGUUCUCACCCGUCUCUGCACUCGCCACGUCGAAGUCACCGCUGCCGACACGGACCAGAUCGAGAUCGAACAACUCGACGCUGCCAAGCUCGACAAGGUCAACUCUACCAUCACUGGCUUCGCCAACCAGACGCUGCGAACGCUCGCGCUUGUCUACCGCGAUCUUGAGUCUUUCCCUCCCAAGGAUGCCGACUUUGACGAGGCCGGUGACGUCGAGUACGCCUCGCUCGCUCAGGAUCUGACGCUGGUCGCCAUCGCCGCCAUCGAGGAUCCUCUUCGACCUGGUGUCACGGACGCAGUCGAAGCAUGCCGACGUGCUGGUGUACAGGUCAAGAUGUGCACUGGUGACAACGUACUUACUGCCAAGUCGAUCGCCACCCAGUGUGGUAUCUACACGCCUGGCGGUAUCGUCAUGGAGGGUCCCGUCUUCCGCAAACUGAGCCGCGCCGACAUGUUGGAGGUGGUCCCCAAGCUGCAGGUGCUGGCGCGAUCGUCGCCGGAAGACAAGAAGAUCUUGGUCGAAUCGCUCAAGAGCCUCGGCGAGGUGGUUGGUGUAACCGGUGACGGCACCAACGACGGUCCCGCGCUCAAGACGGCCAACGUCGGUUUCUCGAUGGGUAUCGCCGGUACCGAGGUGGCUAAAGAGGCCUCAGAUAUCAUUCUGAUGGACGACAACUUUGCUUCGAUCGUCAGCGCCAUCAUGUGGGGACGCUGUGUCAACGAUGCGGUGCGAAAGUUCCUGCAGUUCCAGCUUUCAGUCAACAUUUCUGCCGUCAUUGUCACGUUUGUCACUGCCGUCGCUUCCGAGGAAGGCACAUCGGCGCUCAAGGCGGUGCAGCUGCUCUGGAUCAACCUGAUCAUGGACACGCUCGCCGCUCUUGCACUGGCCACGGAUCCUGCUACACCGGACCUACUUGACCGAAAGCCCGACCGACGCACCGCACCGCUCAUCUCGACCGACAUGUGGAAGAUGAUCGUGGGUCAGUCGAUCUACCAGUUUGCGGUCAUCUUGGUGCUCAACUUUGCGGGCAAGUCGAUUCUCAACAUGGACAUGAGCACGCCGUACAAGCAGCAGCGCAGCGACACGGAGCUGUCGGCGAUCGUGUUCAACACGUUUGUGUGGUGUCAGCUGUUCAACCAGGUCAACUCGCGUUCGCUCACUCGCAAGCUCAACAUCUUUAGCAACUUGCACAAGAACCCGUGGUUCUUGGGCAUCUUGGCGAUCGAGAUCGGGUUCCAGGUGCUGAUCAUGUUUAUCGGUGGUGCUGCGUUCUCGGUAAUCCGACUGACGGGACGCGACUGGGCUGUGUCAAUCGUUGUUGGUGCCGUGUCGUGGCCUUUGGCAGUUUUGAUCCGAUUGAUCCCUACGCAGCCAAUCGAGGACUUCCUGAUCAGGCACAAGAUCAUGUCGGACCCCAAUGCUCUUCCUGCACCCGUGUCCGAGACGGGCUCAGAGGAUGGCAAGGCUGCACGUGCACGAACGUUUUCCGAAUGGCUUCCAGCGAUCGGACAGGUGGGCGAGCAGCUCAACUCGUUCCGCAGUAUCCGAGGCGGGCGUAUCCGCGCGACGCCGCGCAUCUACGAGUCGCGUGAGCGCCAGCUCCAGACGGCCAACUUCCGCCACCAGAGUGUGCUCGCCAUGGUCCCUGGUUUCGUCGUCGCCAGCAUCGGUGGCAACUGGCGCUCGUCCCCCUCGGACUCGACUGGCGAGGCGAAGAAGUCGACCAAGCUGCAGCAGCAACCGCAGAGCAACGAGUCUCCAGUCGACACGGUUACCUUGUUCAAGGACGGUAAGAUCACCUUCCACCCAGAUACGAGCGCCGACGACGACCUGCUCAGGAGACUCAAGUCGAGUGCCUCGUCCAAGUAA